AGGUUGAGGAGAUGCGGAAGAAGCAGGAUGAUGAGCGGAAGAGUCGCGAACAGAUGUACCAAGAAGGGCGGCGUGAGCUCGAGCAGGCCCUCCGACAGGAAGACCCUCGGGAACGUGACCGCCACAGGAGAGACCGUGAGCCCCGAGAGAACAAAGAAGACCUGGAGUUGGAGAAGAAGAAGCAGCUGGAGAGAGAUGCGGUCAACGAGAGGUACUUGGGCAUCGUAAAGAAGAAGAAGAAGGUCCGCAGACUGAACGACCGUAAGUUUGUCUUCGACUGGGAUGCCGGCGAGGACACGUCCGUGGACUACAAUGAGCUUUAUAUUAACAAGCAUCUCGUACACUUUUUCGGCCGGGGACACUUCGGAGGGUUGGAUCUGAAGGAGCAGAAGAAGGUCCAGUCGAAGUUCUACGGGAAUUACAUCGAGCAUCGCCGCACUCAGGCCGACAAGGACCAGGAGAUCAUUCGCAUGAAGAAGGAGCAGAAGAAGGAAGAUAAAGAGAUGGGAGACCGGCACUGGAGCGAGAAAGUGCCAGAACAGAUGACGGAGCGAGAUUGGCGUAUUUUCAGGGAGGAUUACAAUAUCGCUAUUAAGGGCGGGCGCAUUCCCAACCCCAUCAGAAAAGGGUCUGAAUCCAACAUAAAGAAAGAAAUCCUGGAUAUCAUUUCCAGCGGGGGGUACACAGAUCAUACGCCCAUUCAGCGGCAGGCCAUUCCCAUCGGCCUGCAGAAUCGAGAUAUCAUUGGUGUGGCCGAGACGGGUUCAGGUAAGACUUUGGCCUUCCUAAUUCCUCUCCUGGAAUGGAUUCAGUCUUUGCCAAAGAUUGCUCGCCUGGAGGAUGCGGAUCAGGGUCCGUACGCCCUGGUUCUGGCUCCAACACGUGAGUUGGCGCAGAUUGAGGAGGAAACAACAAAGUUUGGUGGACCUCUGGGUAUACGUACUGUUGCGGUCAUUGGUGGUUUGUCUCGAGAAGAGCAGGGCAUGAAGUUGCGAAUGGGUUGUGAGAUCGUUAUUGCCACGCCAGGUCGUCUUGUGGACGUGCUAGAAAACCGGUAUCUCGUGCUGAACCAGUGUACAUAUGUUGUGUUUGAUGAGGCCGACAAAAUGAUUGACAUGGGUUUCGAGCCUGACGUCCAGAAAAUCCUUAAAUUCAUGCCAGUAACUAACGAGAAACCGGAUAACGACGAUGCAGAAGACGAGGAUAAAUUGCUUCAGAAUUUCCUCUCAAAACACAAAUACAGACAAACUGUCAUGUUUACCGCUACUAUGCCUCCCGCAGUAGAGAGGAUGGCAAGGCAGUACCUGCGUCGACCGGCGUACGUAUACAUUGGUUCGGUUGGCAAGCCUGUGGAGCGCGUGGAACAGAUAGUGUACAUGGUCAGCGAACAGGAGAAGCGCAAGAAGCUGCUCGACAUCCUGAAGCGCGGCAUUACCCCUCCAGUGCUGAUCUUCGUCAACCAGAAGAAGGGCGCGGACGUGUUAGCGCGAGGUCUGGAGAAGCUGGGAUACAACGCGACCACACUCCACGGAGGAAAAGGACAGGAGCAGCGUGAGCACGCCUUGGCCAACCUCAAAUCCGGUGCCAAGGAUAUCCUCGUGGCCACCGACGUCGCCGGUCGAGGUAUCGAUAUCAAGGACGUGUCGCUGGUCAUUAACUACGACAUGGCCAAGAACAUCGAGGAUUAUACCCACAGAAUCGGUAGGACGGGUCGUGCUGGUAAGCAUGGCAAGGCUAUUUCCUUCUUGACCAAAGACGAUUCGCACCUUUUCUACGACCUGAAACAGCUAAUACUGACCUCCCCCGUGUCCACUUGCCCGCCGGAGCUGGCUAACCACUCCGAGGCGCAACACAAGCCAGGUACUGUCAUGACCAAGAAGCGAAGAGAAGAGAAGAUAUUUGCAUAAACCGUAGUUUUUAUGAAACGUUUGUUUCUCAAUAAUGACUUCAAAGCUGUAUUGUUAUACAGUGUUCGUCUUGUCCGUUUUGUUGUGGAAGAACAUAACCAGUAUAUUUCGUAUAUAUUUUGGUAGAAAAUAUUCUAAAGAAAUGCGAAUCAACAAACAAAGUAGGGCAGUUGUGGUAUUGCGAUAUAUUUUUAUCUUGAUACGAA